AUGAACUGGCUGACCAGUUCGCAGGGAGUUGUGCUGACUGCCUAUCACCCCAGCGGCAAGGACCAGGCCGUGGGGGGGAGCCAUGCCAAGGGAGGGGAGGAAGCCACCUCCAGUCGCAGAUAUGGCCAAUAUACCAUGAACCAGGAAAAUACCACCAAAGUUACAGAAAAAUCACCAUUUAACCGAUCAAGUUCUCAGGAUUCGUUGGAUGAAUUAUCUAUGGAAGACUAUUAUUGGACAGAAAUAGAAAAUAUCAAGAAAUCCAGUGAAAACAGACACGACCAAGAAGUAGUGGUUGUCAAAGAGCCUGAUGAGGGGGAAUUGGAAGAAGAAUGGCUGAAAGAGGCUGGUUUAUCCAAUCUCUUUGGAGAGUCUGCUGGUGAUUCCCAUGAAAGCAUGGUGUUUUUAUCAACCUUGACCCGAACCCAGGCAGCAGCUGUUCAGAAACGAGUCGAGACUGUCUCCCAGACCUUGAGAAAGAAAAACAAACAGUACCAUAUUCCUGACGUCAGAGACAUAUUUGCACAACAGACAGAGUCAAAGGAAAAAGCUCCAGAUGGCACUGAAUCUCAGUCAGUCAGAACAAAUGAAAAUAAACACCAAGGAAAAGAUGAUCAAGCGUCUAGCCUUGCUGUUGAUACAAAGGAGCUGGGACCACUGGUGCCUGAGGAACCGCCUGCUUCUGUAACAGACAUCAACUUGGAGGUUUCAUUUGCGGAGCAAGCUGUCAAUCAGCGAGAGUGCUCAAGAGACCGGGCAUUGAAGAGCAAAGGAGAUGAAGCCCAGUUACUUAGUUUCAGAUUGCCAAAAGACAAAACGGGUACCACAAGAAUCGGUGACCUGGCGCCCCAGGACAUGAAGAAAGUUUACCAUUUAGCUCUAAUUGAGUUGACUGCCCUCUAUGAUGUACUGGGUGUUGAACUGAAACAAGAAAAAGCUGUGAAAAUCAAGACAAAAGAUUCUGGCCUCUUUGGUGUUCCAUUGACAGUAUUGCUAGAGCAAGAUCAGAGAAAAGUACCAGGAACUCGAAUACCCUUGAUCUUUCAAAAACUGAUUUCUCAAAUCGAGAAGGGCGGUUUGGAAACUGAAGGUCUCUUACGAAUACCUGGAGCUGCCAUGAGAAUCAAGAAUCUUUGCCAAGAACUUGAAGCAAAGUUUUAUGAAGGGAUUUUCAUUUGGGAUAGUGUCAAGCAGCACGAUGCUGCCAGUCUUCUGAAGCUCUUCAUUCGGGAGCUGCCUCAGCCGCUGCUCACGCUGGACUACCUCAGAGCCUUUCAGGCCGUCCAAAAUCUUCCAACCAAGAAGCAACAGUUGCAGGCUUUGAAUCUCCUUGUCAUCCUCCUACCUGAUGCUAACAGGGACAUGCUAAAGGCCUUGCUCGAAUUUCUCCAAAGAGUAAUAGACAAUAAAGAGCAAAACCGAAUGACAGUCAUGAAUGUAGCAAUGGUCAUGGCGCCCAAUCUCUUUAUGAGCCACCCUUUGAGUGUGAAGUCCAAUGAGCAGCGAGAGUUUGUAAUGGCUGCUGGGACAGCUAGUGUCAUGCACUUGAUGAUUAAGUAUCAAAAUCUUCUGUGGACGAUUCCCAAAUUUAUUGUGAACCAAGUAAGGAAGCAAAACACUGAACAUCAAAGGAAAGACAGAAAAGCCAUGAAGAAGUUGCUGAAGAAAAUGGCUUAUGACAGAGAAAAAUAUGAAAAACAAGACAAGAAUCCAAAUGAUGCUGACGUUCCUCAGGGAGUGAUUCGAGUGCAAGCCCCCCAUCUUUCGAAAGUUUCCAUGGCAAUACAGCUAACUGAAGAACUGAAAGCCAGUGAUGUUCUCGCCAGGUUUCUCAGCCAAGAAAGUGGAGUUGUCCAGACUCUCAAGAAAGGAGAAGUUUUUUUAUAUGAGAUUGGAGGAAAUAUUGGGGAGCGCUGCCUCGAUGAUGACACAUACAUGAAGGACUUAUAUCAGCUCAACCCCCAUGCGGAGUGGGUUAUUAAGUCAAAGCCAUCACAGAAAACUUAA